CGGAGGCCGUCACAUUCGCUGUCAUUUCCUCUUGCUUCACACUCUGCUGACAGUGUCGGGUUUGAUAAAAAAAACACAACAUCAAAGUGUGAAAAUCCCGGUGAAUUAGUUGAGCGGAUCAGCAGUGUGUGUGUGUGUGUGUGUGUGUGGGUCAUGCUGGAGGACUCCGACACACAGCACCCCACCAUCAGCGACUGACAGACGCGCUCGCAAUAACUUUUCAGGUAGGAAGUUGCGUAGAGGGACGUCACUGAGGAGUGAUGCCUGUUGAAAGUGGAAACAGCGCAGCCGCCCGUCAAGUCAAACAGAAGCGCAAGUCGCACAGUCUCUCCAUUAGGAGGACCAACAGCACCGAGCAGGACAGACCAGGCAUGCAGAGAGACAUGCUGGAGGGACAGGACUCCAAGUUGCCGAUGGCCUUAAGGAGUAACUUAAUGGACCUGUUCGGACAGAUUGAACGGGAGUUUGAAAAUCUCUACAUUGAAAACUUAGAAUUGCGCAGAGAGAUUGAUUCGCUAAACGAACGUUUGGCUGGAGAAGGACAGACAGUCGAUGGUGGCGAUCUGAGCAAAGGAGCCCUGAAAACAAAAGGUACAUACCUUGAUCUUGUUUGCGAGACUGUAUGA